UUGGGUGUGGGUUAGGUUUGGGAGGCCCGCACAUGUGGGUUCUGCAAAGUAAGCAGCAUCAACACAUGAAGAGCCCAUCACCCCUCCAUAAAUUCUUGCACCAAUAUACGGAUGCGGCGACCGGCUCUCACCGCUCGCUUUGUUUUCCUUACUCAUUAGUUUAAGGCAACGAUAAUCGUAGCAAUAACCUUCUUAUUUAUACACUACAUGUUGGCUUCUUGAAAACAAUAUAACCGAUGUGGGACUUUAACUACAUUAUUACUAGCAUUAUAAUAGCUCCAUCUUCUCCUUCUUCUUCGUCACCACCAAACGUCGGAGUCAUGCUCGUUCCUCUGUUCAUGUCGAACUGUGCGACUCAUGUAGAUUCAUUUUCAAAACCUUUAUCUGGUUCUGAUGAACCCCAGCAGGGUGGCCGUUCCAGAUCCACCAUCUGUAACCGUCAAGUUCACCGAUUCGAAUCUUCAGACAUUUCCCCCAUCCCAAGCUCAGGGGAAGAUUACCGGUGGUUCUAGGCCACCUCGUGAUGCAGAUGAUUCAUUUUCAAAACCUGUAUCUGGUUCUGAUGAACCCCAGCAGGGUGGUUGGCUUCGGAAUUUUGCAGUUGCUGCUUACAAACCAUACUUUGACGUUGACACUUCAGAUGUUUUGGAGAGGAUUAUAGACUCACUUUUUCCAUUCAGAGGAACUUUUAAUGAAAAAACUUCUACCAACCCUGAUUUGUAAGUAGACCUUUUCUUUUGCUCAUUUAAUGGACCGAUCAGACUAAUAAUACUUAAGUUAUGAGUUCUGACAUAUUUCAAUAUUCAACUAUGGCGUGGAUAUUGUUAAUAUUAUUUUUAUGAAGAAUAGGUGUAGCUAAAUUGUUUUGAGUUGUGACCAGUUCUGAAAUGCUAAUGUCCUCUGAGCCAUAAUAAUGUAGAAGACAUCAAUGAAGAACUAUAAUACAUUGGUGAUUUUGAGUUUUGUGCUCUAUUUUA